AAUAUUUUUGAUAUGUGAAUGUUUUCUUUUAAAAUUUCAGCAUAAUAAUAAACAUAUAUAUUUUAAUUAAAUUUACGUUAUAUAUAUAUAUAUAUAUAUAAUUUGAUGUUUGAUUUAAUUUUUUGAAAACACAAAUAAUAAAUUAUCAUGUUGAUUUUUGAAUUAAUAAAAUAUAAAUUAAUAUAUAUUUGUAAAAUGAUUAAGUCCGCAUGUGCGGACAAAACAUCUAGUAAGUUACUAAUAAUCUAGUAAAUUCAUUAUGCACGAAAGUCAUACAUGAUUUGAUAACUAGCUUCUUGCUUUGGUAAUGUAUUUGAAGAAGCACUUUGGAUUUGCCAAAUAUAGACAAUAAUCAUGAUUCCGAUCCACCAUCAUGACCUGUAAUCUUAUUGUCUUACUAAAUACAUGUAACGUGGGUUAAAAAUGUUAAUACAAGUUUUGUCGUGACAGAGUAACGACGCGUGAAAUUUAUCACUGGACCUACAUCAACAUUCAACACCCCUAUCGAGCAUCGAAGGGGCAAAGGCAAUUAUGUCAUCUCAAUUUCAAGACUACGGAUUGGAUGGAAUGGUUGUCAGAGAGACCAACUGUUGCCGUUUUGGAGCCCUUGGUAUGGAAGUAGGGCCGGCUAAUUAAGGGGGGAGGGGGACCAACUGUACGACUCCCAGAUCCAAAUCCGUGUAUAUUAAUAUUUCUUCUAUAUUUUUUUAAAUGACAUUUUUACAACUGUGCACAGAAAUUAAAGUAACUGAUUAGGAGCUGCAACAAUUAUCUGGACAAUAUUCUUAUAUUAACAAUAUCGUCUUUCUAGUUUUCUUUUCUAUGUUUUUCAAAUAUCGUUCUAUACUAAAGAAUCCUUAACUAUUUGUCCUCUAAUCUCAGAUUCCAAAAUAUAGCACUGUUUGAAAAUUUUCUGAGUGCAAGAGAUGUUGGUUGUAUCUGUCGACUGGUUCUUCACAGAGCAUGCGUAGAGAUAGCUUGUUUCUCGUAUGUUUAGCUGAUGUUCCUUAAGUGUUUACUAUUAGCUAAUCCACUAUAUAUUAAUUGAAGAAAAUUUGAAAAGAUAUAACUCCAAUUUUGUAAUAACUAAAAAAUACUUAUUGCUUAUGUGUCAAUCAAUUAAGUGGUUAAUUAGUCAUACGUGUCAGCCUCACAUUGAAAUUAGAAAACAUGUUGGUCCAAUUCGAUUUUUAUCUAACUAGAAAUAUUUAAUACCAACUAUAUGAUAUCAUAUGAUAUUAUUAACUAAAGAAAGGUGGCUAUUUAUUAUAUAUUAGUUUCUUAAAUAAAAUCUAUGAAAUUACCUAAUGUGAUUAUAAUAUAUAUAGUAAUUAAUGAUUUUAAAUAAUGAAUAUUUGCUAAUAAUAUGUAUACUUUCUAUCAUUUUUGUUUGAUUCUUUAUUAUUAAAAUAAAUAACACAAUUACACGAAUCAUAUAUUAAAAAUUUAGAUUUUUUUUGUAUAUGUUGUAUUUUAAAUUUUCAAAACGAGUAUAAAUUACUAAAACUGUUAAAAGUCUCACAUAAACUUUUUUGAUCAAUGUUUAAAUUAUUUUCUAUAAUAAGAUACAAUGAUAAUAAAAUCAUAUAAAUAAAUAAUUUUAUUUUAAUAGGUGUUUAUAUUAAUAUAUAUAUACUUUAUAUCGUUUAAAUUUAAUUAUAUAUCAUAUACAAUAUAUAAGACUGAUUGUUUUGAUUUAUUUAUUCUAAAAUGAUUGUGAAUAAACAAGGGCGGUCAUUUGAUUUAUAUGUGCAAGCCAAUUUAUUACAUAAUAGUAACUGAUUUCUUAGUUAUUUAAUAUAUAAUUAUUAUUUUAUUAUUUUAUAAUAUGCAGAAAAAUAUAAAAUAAGUAUUUAUUCUGCACAAGGCGUAUAUCUUAACCUAAGUAUGUAUCUCUUUAAUAAUUUUGAAUCUUAAACAUUUUCUAAAUCUCAUACCAAAAUAAAAAGAAAGAAAUGAGAAUAAACUCAAAAAUCAAUUUUUAUAUUGAGCAAUAACCAAAAUGACACAAAAAGAAGAAAUCUAUCGAAGAUAGAUAUGAUUGACACGUGAAUGUAAACUUCUCAUAACCAUAAUUAACUUUUAAAUUGCUAAAUCAUGAUGUAAGACCGAGCUGACAUAGUUUCAUUGUAACCAAAUGAUAUCACUCAAAUUACAGUAAGGAGUGAUUUAUACUGAAGUCAAGUUAUAGUACUUAGAGAUCGAAUUCACAUGGAGCUAGAGAACCAAUUAGAUCUAAUAGUUAUAUGAUUAAGCAAGACUAAUAGUUUAUAAAGCAGUAAAAUAGCAAAGCAGUAAACAAGUUGAACAAGACAAUUGUUCAGCUUAGCAAAGAGUUGUUUGAUGGAAAUGAUGGUUGCUAGAUCUAGGAUUUCUAUUCAGGUAAUCAAAAUUAUAAUGAUAUAGAGGCUAAUUGUUGCUUGCAAGAUAUUAUAGAACUCAACUGGGAGUAUAAAUCUAACAACUUCCGUUGUAUAGACAGUCUAAUAUCCAGAUCUUGGAUCUCAACUCUCGUUUAUUGAUCACAAGAAAGUGUCGAUCAAUUAUUCUAUGAAAAUAUCGAUUGAUACACUUUUCACAAUAUCGAUCGAUUAAUCUAUUGGAUCAUCGAUCGAUAUCGCUUCUAGCAAGCUUUACGAUCGGGUUGAAUAUGUGUUCACUAGGGUUCCUAAAAUCAACUCUAUUGAUGAUGAUGACAUAUUAAAUGGGCUUAGCCCAAUAAGUGAGUUAUUGUAUAAUGUUAGGCCCAUUGUGUUUUAAUUUCACCCGGUUUAGAUACGUGGGAACAUAUCACCGACUGGGUUACUCCGACUCGGUCGAAUUUGGCCGUAGGAGAUGUCUUCAAACCUCCGUCGAAUUGAAUUAUCUGAUCUUCCGAUAUCUUCAGGAAUCAGGGUUGACACACGCUGCAUUCACACUAGGAUUAAUAAAUGCAAAAUCGAUGGGAAUAUGGUUCCACCGGGUGCUCUUGUCAAGUUUGUUCAGAAAGCAGGGGGCAGCGAACAUUGACGAGGAUUUCUCAUUCUUUCAACCGUUGGAUCUGAUCUCAAAGGAUGUAAAAGAGUUGCAGGUGAUGCUGAGGGAGAGGAAGAGGGAAGAGAGGCAUAAGGACAAGGACAGAGAAAGAUCUAAAGAAAACGAUAAAGAGGUUGAACGAGGUCAUGAUGGAGAUCGCAGCAAAUCAGCUUCUUUGAACGAGAAGCAUGGAGAGAAUGAAAUUAGAGAGGGAAAAGGCUCAUGCAAAUCAGCUUGGAGAUGGUGAUAGGGACAUGGCUAUUGACCAAAAUGAGAAAGAAAACGCUGGAGAUGAAGAGCAUGGCCCUUCUUCGGCUGCAGAACCACCAUGACUCCGACAUCUCUGCCGUCUCGCAUUUCUAAUUCUGAUGUGAGGGUUUUGGAAGGGCAUACUGCUGAGGUUUGUGCGUGCGCAUGGAGUCCGUCGGCUUCAUUGCUUGCCUCAGGGUCUGGUGAUACGACAGCACGUAUCUGGAGUAUUCCGGAAUCUGGUCGUAGUAUCAGCACUUUGAUCCUGAAACAUGCAAAAGGAAAGUCAAACGAGAAGUGCAAGGAUGUGACUACUCUUGACUGGAAUGGUGAGGGGACUUUACUUGCAACUGGUUCCAUGCAUGAGUAUGAGUAUGACACCGGAUGCAAUUGCAAUAUAGGGCCAACACUUGACGUUGAUUGGCGCAACAAUGUGUCUUUUGCAACGAGUUCUACGGACACAAUGAUCUACUUAAGCAAGAUUGGAGAAACUCGGCCUGUCAAAACCUUUGCUGGUCAUCACUCAUCAGGUAAUGGUGAGGUUAAUUGCGUGAAAUGGGAUCCUACCGGUACUUUACUGGCCUCGUGCUCUGAUGAUAGUACCGCUAAGAUGUGGAAUGUAAAACAACACAGCUUUGUUCAUGAUCUCCGAGACCAUUCUAAGGAGAUAUAUACAAUCAGAUGGAGCCCUACAGGACCAGGAACCAACAAUCCUAACAAACCGCUAACUCUUGCGAGUGCAUCAUUUGACUCAACAGUAAAGAUAUGGGAUGCAGAACUAGGAAAGAUGCUAUGUAAUCUCAACGGCCACAGGGACGCGGUAUACUCAUUGGCGUUUAGUCCAAACGGGGAGUACAUAGUGAGUGGGUCAGUGGACAAAUCGAUACACAUAUGGUCAUUAAAAGAAGGCAAGAUCGUGAAGACAUACACAGGAGCUGGAGGGAUUUUCGAAGUGUGUUGGAACAAGGAAGGUAACAAACUCGCAGCUUGUUUCGCUGAUAACUCGGUCUCUGUUCUAGAUUUCAGAAUGUAGUUUUAGAAGUGUAGUAGUAUCCGUCUAAACACCCUCAUUACAAGCCUUAUUUUGUUGCUGCACAUAUAUUUAUUAUAAAGCUAAAAUAGAGAAGAAAGGCAAAACUGUACUUGAGGUUGACUGACGAGUAACAACUAAUAAAUAAUUAAGAGAAAACAAACUGCAUUAAGGUUAAA